AUGGCAAAAAGUAUAAGAUCAGCAAAUAAAAAUAACGAUACUAAAAAGGAGAAUAAAUUUAUAUUUAAGGACAUAGACAUAGAAUCAGAAAAUAUAGAAGAUUUAAAGGGUAUAGGCAACGGACUAUAUCAGGAUGCCAAAUUGGCAAUGGAAUCACGCGGAAAUCUAAGAACUGACAUAAAGGAAAUGACAGUGAGAUAUCUAGGUUAUCAAAAUCAGAUAAUACUAAGACUAAACGCCCAAAGACUGGCACACCUUCAUACAAUACAAAUGUUAAAAGCUAAAGAAGAGAAAGAAAUGAACAAAGAAACACAAGAAGAAAGCAAGAAACAACUAGAAGAUAUAAUGAAGGAGAUUAAAGCACACAAGGAGAUAUCAGAGCAGACCAGAAAGGAAGUAAAGGAAUUAAAGGAAAUGACAGAAAAUGCCGAGAAAAGGAGAGAACAAGAAUCAUAUGCGGACAUAGCAGCGAAACCCAAAAUAACGAAAAAAUUUAAUCAAACACACGUACUACUUGUUUCUUCUGAAGACAAAACUGACACAAGUGACCAAGGAGAUUUCAUAAUAAUAAACGAUAAACUCGUGACUCCUCGUGGCGAGGUUUUAAUGAGCGGCGACACUAUCGACCUGAAAUCUUCAGGACGCCUGUUUGGAGGAAGCAUCUUUGAUGCAAGGGAA